AUGGCACCGUCGGCCCCAUCAUCGGCCCUGAACGGCGUUGUCAUCGGAUUACUGUCCUCCUUUGGUUCCGCCGUCCUUAUCGCUCUCAUCUUCCUCGUCAUCUACUUCUUCAGAUACACGGCCAGCGGCCGCAUCUUUCUCGAUCGCAUCGGACGACCGGGCGAAUAUGACGACGAGCAGGCUUUCGCCCGGGAGGAGGCUGAGGCCCUCGAGUCCAUGGACGAUAUGCAGAGGACUGAGUACCUCAGGGCAAAAGCAUUCAUCCAAGCGAACCCUCCCGAAUCCGUCCAAACCGACAUUUCUCUAUCGCAAUACCUCGCCAUCCAAGAAAAGGGUGUUUCCGCCUGGGAGUUUGAACCCGAGCUGGAAAUCGCAAAUUGCUUCGUCGAAGGCCGCACCGAAAUUGAGUUCUUCGACUCCGAAUGCACCGUCAUGAGCAAUCUGCCCGUACCCAAGCAAAACGAGGUCUACUACUGGGAAGCCAAGAUCUACGAUAAGCCCGAAACUACGCUCCUCAGCAUCGGCAUGGCCACAAAGCCGUACCCGUUGUUCAGACUACCUGGCUUCCACAAACAUUCCGUAGCAUACCUGUCAGCAGGCCAGCGCCGUUGCAACCAGCCCUUUGCCGCAACUCCUUAUGGACCUCAGUUCGUUCAAGGCGAUGUCAUUGGCGUUGGCUAUCGUCCUCGGACGGGCACCAUUUUCUUCACCCGCAAUGGUAAGAAGCUGGAAGAUGCCGUUCACGGUGUAAAGUCGCAAAACUUUUUCCCUGCCAUCGGGGCCAACGGGCCUUGCAUUGUUCAUGUCAACUUUGGUCAGGCCGGCUUCGUCUUCAUCGAGGCCAACGUAAAGAAAUGGGGCCUCGCCCCGAUGACGGGCAGCCUGGCACCGCCGCCACCGUAUGGCUCUGAGCAGGGCGAUAUCCUACUAGAGGCUGGACGCAAGGACGCGUACACGAGCAGCAGCGGCGGACAGCAGCGGGGGCACUCCCAGACGCAGUCCUACUCUCAAGGUGGCUUGGGACCUCAGCAUGGGCGGACGAGAAGCGGAAACUUCAGAGUACUUCCACCGAGGAGCCCCGGUCCCGUAAGAAGCCCGACUGACAUCUCCCUGACGCACUUUGUGCCCGACGAUGAGGGCGGCGAGCCAAGCAGCAGCAUCAAUCGCGGGCACGAAGGGCAAAGCGUCGUAGGGCUUGGGCUUCAAGACGCCUUGAACCCGCCACCCGAGUAUACGAGUCCCGACCACUCGGAGGCCGGUAGCCGUCGGAACAGCACAGACAGCGAGAAUACACCGUUGAUCCGCGUUCUUAAUCGGAGUCGAGGCGCCUCGGCAGCCGCUGCGGCCGGACCAUCGCACCCCCCGAUACCCAGUUACACCGAUGCGGUGAGAGCCGGCGCCGGGCGGGAGGGGAACAGCACUCCGCGACCCAGCAAUCGACGCGGUAACCGGUCGAGGUCACAGAGCGCGCAAUGA